AUGGCUUCUGGACCGCCUGCGGGCAUGGAUCUCUCCGAGAGCCUCGGCCCUCAAAUUAUAGGCGCUGAUAUGGCGCUACUCGCCCUGGCGACGAUUGCCGUUAUUGUGCGGUAUAUCUCCAGAUCCAUGUCGAAAGCGAAAUUUUGGUGGGAUGACUGGGUCCUGGCGGUGGCAUUGGUUUUUGCGAUUGGCAAUGGGAUCAUGAGUGUAAUUGCUGUCAAAAACGGUGUCGGCAAACAUGUCUGGGCGCCCGGUGUGAACAUUGCCACUGUCACCAAGCUCCUCUGGCUCUACGAGUUUUUCUAUGGCAGCGUCGUCCCAGCCGUCAAAAUGUCGGUUAUCCUUCUCUACCAUCGCAUCUUCCCCGUCACCUGGUUCCGGCGGGUGCUCUAUGGACUAUCGUUCCUAGUGCUUGGCUGGUGGAUCGGGAUUGUCGUCACCGCGGGGUUUCAGUGCCAGCCUUACGACUAUUUCUGGAAGCAAUAUACAGACCCCACUGCCGAGGGGAGUUGCGUCGACAUCUACGCCUUCUUCAUUUCUAAUGCGGCGCUGAGUGUGCUCACGGACUUCCUUAUCUUGAUCUGUCCCAUAUCAAUGGUGCUGCGGCUUCAAAUGCCCAUGAAUCGAAAACUGACUGUGCUUGGAAUCUUUCUUUUGGCUGGCUUUGCUUGCGUGGCGGGUGUGAUCCGAAUCUACUUCCUGACCCAGAUGUACGCAAAUGACGACCUAACCUGGAACCAAUCCAACAGCUUCAUCUGGUCCAGUGUCGAACCCUGCAUCGGGAUUACAUGUGCCUGUCUCCCCACACUACGGCCCCUGGUACGCCGAAUAUUCCCGAACUGGCUUGAAAGCGACAGGCAGGGGGGUUCCACGGGCCAAUCUUACAAAAGCAGCACGUCCUAUCAUUAUUCUGACAGGGCCUUCCGGCCCCCAGAUGAGGAUGAGAUUGUUCUUACGAACACGUUCGGGAAGGGUUCUCAUAUGGCCCCAAGCGACCACACUACGAUCUCGGUUGAACGAGAUGUCGGG